CUAUGAACGCCGUAAACGCCACAGAUCGGAUCGCAGCGCAGCUCACCCGCGAGAUAGGAAUAUCGAGAGAGCUUCCCCUAAAAAAAGAAGCAAAUAUCAAGAGAGCUGCGCAGUGUGUGUUUGUGCCGCCAUAACCGCCUCGAAUCUGUCGACGACGACGACGAAGGAGAGAUGGAUGCGGCACCGGGAGCGGCCGGAUGUGGCGGGCGGUGGUGCGUGGUGACUGGCGGCCGCGGCUUCGCGGCGAGGCACCUGGUGCUGAUGUUGCUCCGCUCCGGCGAGUGGCGCGUGCGCGUGGCCGACCUGUCCCCCGCCAUCGCCCUCGACCGAGAUGAGGAGGAGGGUAUCCUCGGCGCCGCCCUCCGCGAAGGCCAAGCAGUGUACGCCUCGGCCGACCUCCGGGACAAGGCCCAGGUCGCCAAUGCUUUUGAGGGGGCUGAAGUAGUUUUUCAUAUGGCUGCUCCAGACUCAUCCAUCAACAACUUCCAUCUUCAUUACUCAGUUAAUGUCGAAGGAACAAAGAAUGUCAUUGAUGCUUGUAUCCGUUGCAAGGUGAAGAGACUUAUCUACACAAGUUCUCCAAGUGUAGUUUUUGAUGGAGUUCAUGGAAUAUUUAAUGCAGAUGAAUCAAUGCCUUACCCAGAUAAGUUCAAUGAUUCAUAUUCAGAAACAAAGGCAGAUGCAGAAAAGUUGGUGAUAAGGGCUAAUGGUAGGGAUGGGCUUCUUACAUGUUGUAUACGCCCAAGUAGCAUUUUUGGGCCUGGCGAUAAGCUACUGGUUCCUUCUUUGGUUGCUGCUGCAAGGGCAGGCAAGUCCAAAUACAUUAUUGGUGACGGGAACAACUACUAUGAUUUCACCUAUGUUGAAAAUGUGGCAUAUGGCCAUGUCUGUGCAGACAAAACUCUGUCAUCUGAAGAUGGUGCAAAGAGAGCUGCUGGAAAAGCGUACUUCAUAACAAAUGUGGAGCCUAUAAAAUUCUGGGAGUUUAUGUCAUUGAUUUUAGAAGGUCUUGGAUAUAAAAGGCCUUCAAUAAAAAUACCUGUCUCUGUAAUGAUGCCAGUGGCUCAUGUUGUUGAGUUGACAUAUAAAACGUUCUGCAAAUAUGGAAUGAAGGUUCCUCAGCUGACACCAUCAAGGAUCAGGCUCCUCUCAUGCAACCGUACAUUCAGUUGCUCAAGAGCAAAAGAUCAGCUUGGUUAUGAACCCAUCGUGUCACUCAAGGAUGGACUGAAGAGAACAAUAGAGUCAUAUUCCCAUCUCCAAGCUCAGAACCAAAGGAGUGUAUCAAAGGCUUCAAUUCUACUUGGGAAUGGAAAUAUUGCAAAAACACUUCUUUGGGAAGAUACGAAGCAAACAAUGACAGUGUUACUGCUAUUGGCCGUUAUCUACUACCAGUUAUUUACAUGUGGUUACACCAUUAUCACAGCAAUGGCGAAACUGUUCUCACUCACAGCGUUGUUCUUAUUCAUUCAUGGCUUGCUGCCUGCAAAUGUGUUUGGCCACAAGAUUGAGAAACUUGAGCCAUCAAACUUUCACAUCUCACAGAUGGAAGCACAUCAUGUGGCUUGUUCAGUCAGAUCAUCAUGGAACUCUUUAGUUGGCAUGCUAAAAUCCCUUUGUAGAGGAAAUGAUUGGCCACUGUUUUUCAAAGUGGUAUUCUUCUUACUAAUUGUUAGCAUCCUUAGUUCCAUGUCUUCGCAGGCUGCAUUUAAAAUAGGCAUUCCUCUGAUUUUCAUAGGCUUCAAAGCAUAUGAGAAAUUUGAGGACACCAUUGACAGCCUGGUGGGCGAUGCUUGCUCGUUCAUUCUACAAUUUGGUCCUACCCAGAAUUCCUCCAGGCCGAAACAAACGUAGAUGAGGAGCUCGUGAGCAGUUGAACGUAAUUCUUCUAGUGAGAUUUAAGUUUUAUUAUUCAGCUAUUGCUGACUUUUGUUUAUCUCCUGAACUUGUGCUUGUUUGUAGUUUUUUUAAUUAUAGAAUCAAUAUUUAGAACCAAAUGAAGCUUAUUAGACUGUUUCCUUGCGGUAUCUUCUCAGCUGUAUAUUUCAUAUGUUUAUUGAUGUAUGUAUGGAUGCAUGCUCAAAUUACUUUGGUGACAGAUUAGUUUAUAUCUUA